CUCCAGGCCCAGGAAGAUCGUCGACAUUUCCAGACGUUUCUCCUUUGUUUUUUCAUAUAAGUUGAUGAUAAACCUAAGGGUGUUAUGCUGGAAAACAAAGGGCGAGUGAUUUUUGGGCUAGAACAGUCCUCCCUGUUUACGCAAACAGCCCUUAUUUAAGGAGAGAGAGACGCAUCGGCCGAUUGGACUGGAACUGCCGGCCGGAAUGGAAGCCGGCGUAAUCUGGGGAUUUAAACUCAACUUGGCGAUCCGUUGCUCGGAGAAGACGGCUUUUGAAAUGUUAUGGCUGUAACCGUUGAGAGCCCUCUGGAUUUGCCUCCGGAACGAUGGCUCCCUCCAGAUAGCAAGGAAUGACCUGCGCAUAUCGGCUUUGUGCGUCGUUUGGGAAUACGGCCGCAGCGCUCUAAGGAUGCCUAGGAGAGGAUUAAUGUUCCAAGCCAAAACUCGGUGGCUUUUUGUCGGGCUGGCUUUGCUGCUGAGUCUGUUGCUGAUCAUGUAUCUCCUGGAGUGCGCCCCGCCGACAGAAAGCAACCGGUCGCUUCCCGGCCUCGGAGGCGAUCAUUUCGGCAAGGAACACUACCAGGCGCUUUUACAAGAGCAGGAAGAACACUACCAAAACAGGGCCACCAGCCUCAAGCGUCAGAUCGCCCAGCUGAAGCUGGAACUUCAAGAGAUGAGCGAGAACCUGAAGCUGUUGCAGGACAAGAAGAACCCCAAAGUCCAAAACGUGGGCUCUCCGGGCGUCAAGGAACAAACCUCCAACGACCUGUUGGAGUACCUGCAUUCUCAGAUAGACAAAGCGGAAGUGAGCGUCGGCGCCAAGCUGCCCAGCGAAUACGCCGCCAUCCCUUUCGAGAGCUUCACGUCCAUGAAGGUCUACCAGUUGGAGAUGGGCCUCACCCGCCACCCGGAGGAGAAGCCGGUCCGCAAGGACAAGCGGGAUGAGCUGGUGGAGGUGAUCGAGGCCGGCCUGGAGGUGAUCAACAAUCCCGAUGAAGAAGCUCCAGGCAGGAAACCCUAUACCAUUUCGGACAAAUGGCUGUCCAGUUACUACCGCACGGAGAGAGACAAAGGCUCCCAGUAUGAAUUAUUCUACAAGAAAGCUGACGAAAUGGAGUACCGACACGUCUCGCUGUUCCGCCCGUUUGGUCCCCUCAUGAAAGUGAAGACAGAGACGGUGGACAUCUCCCGGUCGAUGAUCAACAUCAUCGUUCCUCUGGCGGGAAGGACAGAGGUUUUUGCACAGUUCAUGCAAAAUUUCAGGGAUGUUUGCAUUAAUCAAGACAAGCGGAUUCAUCUCACCGUGGUCUAUUUUGGACAGGAAGGGCUUUCCGAAGUCAAGAGCAUCUUACAAUCCGUUGCAAGAGAGACCGACUUCCAUAAUUACACCCUGGUCUCCCUGAAUGAGGAAUUCAACCGUGGCCAAGGCCUGGAUGUGGGUGCCCGAGCUUGGGAGAAAGGGGAAGUCCUGAUGUUCUUCUGCGACGUGGAUAUUUAUUUCACAGCGGAAUUCUUGAAUAGCUGCCGCCUGAACACGGAGCCAGGCAAGAAAGUUUUUUAUCCAGUGGUUUUCAGCCUGUAUAAUCCUGCCAUUGUCUACGCCAACCAAGAUGGGCCACCUCCAGUGGAGCAGCAGUUGGUCCACAAAAAGGAUUCUGGCUUCUGGAGAGAUUUCGGCUUCGGGAUGAUGUGUCAGUAUCGAACAGAUUUCUUGGCCAUUGGAUUUAUUAAUGGCAAGUAA